CCUUCACGCGUGUCAAAUUUGCUACGCACCCGAGGGCAAAGCGUAUGCCAUGAGGCGUUACAGGAUGGUGGCGGCGGCGGUGGUCGCGGCGGUGCUGCUGGCCGCGGUGCCGGCGUCGGGGCAGGUGGCGACGUCGUGCACGGCGUCGCUGAUAACGACGUUCACGCCGUGCCUCAACUUCGUGACGGGGAGCACCAACGGCGGCGGGUCGCCGACGCAGCAGUGCUGCGGCUCGCUGGCGGAGAUGGUCCGCACCGGCGCCGACUGCGCCUGCCUCAUCCUCACCGGGAACGUGCCCUUCAGCCUCCCCAUCAACCGCACGCUCGCCAUCUCCCUCCCCAGGCUCUGCAGCUCCACGUCCGUCCCGCUGCAGUGCAGAGACACGGCAACGCAAAUCCCAGCUCCAGUUGCAAUUGUAGGCCCUGUUGCAUUCGCUCCGGCGCUGCCCCCUCUGCCACCGAUACCACCGGAAUCUUCAGUGCCCGGCUCUCCGGUGGAUCCCGCAGCGACGUCUCCGGCGGUGGACUCGCCGCCGUUCCCCCAGAGGCCAGUGGUGGUGCCCAGCUCGGCAUGGAGGAGUUCUCACGUGCCCGUGGCGGCUGUCGCCAUUGUACUGUCGGUUGCUGCAUCCAUUUUCGUUUGAUUAGGAUAACAGGAUGUGGUAUUGUAGGAUGCACGUCUUGUGUUUAUGUGGUUUAAGAAGGAACUAUUACAAGGAGAUUACUUUUCGGGGAAUUGAGUUGUAGUAUAAUCAUAAUUCUGUAUAUUAAAAUAGUGAUAUAUAAUCUCAAAAAGAAUAGUGAUAUUUACUUCCAAGUCA